AUGCUGUCAUCAUUGUCGUCCUCGUCGUCCUCAUCGUCCUCGCCGUCAUCGUCGUCAUCGUCGUCAUCAUCGUCGCCGUUCUCGGCAUCGUCAAGCUCGUACUCGGCAGGCCCAGCACCGGCGUAUGAUGCUGGUGUGGGAUCGUCUAUUGAUUGGACCGCCACACCCAUUGCGGCGGUGCCCCGGCUGCCGGGUGCGGAGCACAUUGAAGCCCGCGAUCCUCCGCUGCAUCUCGCUGACUCGACGCCUUGGGCCCACGAGGCUGAGGCCACACUGAUGGUACAGUACUCCAAGCUUCCCUGCUCAGUGCUGCCGUAUGCGCACGCACUGGGCGAGGACUCGCCUUCCACUGUCUCCAAGGCGUUCAAGAAGCGGCUGCGAGCAGGGCUGCCGCUCUGGAUCCGCGGCCAUGUGUGGGCCUGCAUCACCGGCGGCGUCGACUUGCUCCGCCGCGCGCCGACGCUGUAUGCGGCGGCGGCAGUGCGUGCGUUUGGCAGCGGCGGCGCCGGCGACGACGACCUGCUCAACAUUCCGUCGUUCUCGGCCGUGGACCUCUCGACGGACGCUUGCCUCGGCUCCGGCUACCGCGCCGACGCGGCGCCCGAGGCGCUUAUCGGUGCUGACGCCGCCCGCGAGGCCAAUACCGUCUUAGUGGUGCUCGCGACGGAAAACCCUGACCUCAACUACGUGCCAGCUCUUCCGCGGCUGGUUCGGCUCUUGACGCUCUUCCUCGCUCCGGCCUCCAACUACGCCGUGGCCACGGCCAUGAUCGAGGCCUCGCGGUCGCGCGGCUGGUACUUUCCGUUGUCGCGGCGAGCCCUGGCGCUUUUUGUAGAGACCUUUGUCUCGCUCGCCAAGUCCAAGGCCAAAAAGGCGACCAAGGCGCUUGCCAAGGUUGGCCUCUCGCUCGCCGACGUCGCCACACCGUGGCUCUCGUCGCUCUUCCUCGGCUUUCUCCCCACCUACGCCGUCCUCGCCAUCCUCGAUGCUUACAUGUAUGAGGGCUCCAAGAUCCUGUAUCGGGUCGGCCUUAGUCUGCUGAAGGCCAUGACUCUGGAGCUUCAGGGUGCGGCCUCGCGGGUUGACGCUAUCGCGGUCAUCUGCGCCAAAACCUGGGCCAUUGGCUCAAGCGCACCGGCCUUUGCCGCUAUGCUCAAGGACGGCUUUGGCCUGCACUUGCAGCGCAAGAAGUUUGCCAAGCUCGCCUCGGCCCACGCUGCCGCCGGCGUCGACGAGGACCGGUUUGGCAAGGCUGUCCUUUACUACCGGCCAAAUCUCUCGGCCGCAUCAGACCUGCUCUCGUUUGAGGCCAUGUCACUGCUCUGGUACUGGCUCCCGUCCCGGUUCCGCCUUCAUUCUGGCGAGCGCAUCUUCUCGACAGCCACGGACGGCUAUCUCUUGCGCUCACUUGUCAGUGCUGCGGCCGAGACGACUCGACGCGAGCGCGAGACGGUCCCGAUCCUGGUCCUCAUCUGCCCUGCUGCCGCCCCGCGCACGGUUGUCGGACUCUACCUCUCACGCGGCUUUGGCUCGCCCGAGGCCGACCCCGAGGCCACCUGGCUCGGCAAUGGCGAGUCGUUUGUCUUUUGCGCUCAUCGCGAGCCAUCCGGCACGCCUGUGCUUGUUCACUACGCAUGGGACGCUGGCGCAACUUCGGGCCGCGCCUCGUUCUACCGCAUCGACGACGGCACCCUUGUCGUCGGACACUCGUCAAGCGGCCGGGCGCUUGCUGUCUCGGACGACUUUUCGAGCCUACUCACCGGCGCCUCGGCCACGUUUGCCUCGCCGCCGCUCUUCCCUGGCGUCGAUCCGGGCACGGUUCCUGACUAUGCUACCCGCACUGAGCGUGGCGUGGAGUUCUCGAUCGGCGCUGCCUCUGCCGUCGAGGCCUAUGCCCUUGUCUUCCAGCCGCGCUCCUGAGCGGCAAGCAGCCCGCUCCCUCGGCCAAUACACU